GUGAUGAUUUCCAGGAUGAAUGAAGUCAUCUGCUUUGAAAAUAGUCGUUAAAUGACUUAUUUAAUGAUUUGACAAAGAGUGAAGCAAGUUUUCAGUUGCGGGGCACCAGGGAUGUAAUUGACAGUAUAAAUUCCCUACAGUCGUCUCUGAAGUCUCACGCUUUGUGGGUAACCCUGUAUUUAACUGAUUUAUUACUUUUAAUUAAUCCCUGCAGUUUCAUCAUGGCAAUCCUGACCCUGGUGGUAAAUGUCAACAACAAUGUCAACAACAACAAUAACAACGUUAAUGGGGCGAAUGUAAACACGGCAAGUAACAACAACGCGAACGCUAACUCUAACAACAAUAACGCCAACGUUGUAAACGUCAUGCCUCCUGGGAAAAAGAGAAAAAGAAGAGAAUUUAAUCCCUUGGAUGAAUACACCAACAAAAUUUGCUCCAGAGCAAGAGCAGAAACAGGUAUAAAUCUGGUCCAGAGCAGGGGCAGAAACAGGUAUAAAUCUGGUCCAGAGCAGGAGCAGAAACAGGUAUAAAUCAGGUCCAGAGCAGGGGCAGAAACAGGUAAAAAUCUGGUCCAGAGCAGGAGCAGAAACAGGUAUAAAUCUGGUCCAGAGCAGGGGCAGAAACAGGUAUAAAUCUGGUCCAGAGCAGGGGCAGAAACAUUUGCCUAAUUUCAGGGUAAAAAUUCAGUGUAAAUCUUUUUUAAAUUGUUUAUUCUAAAAUUUGCUUUUCUUACACUAUAUCAAAUUUGGACCCUGUUCCCUGACAGGAGAUAUAUUUGGACCCUGGUCCCUGACAGAAGAUAUAUUUGGACCCUGGUCCCUGACAGAAGAUGUAUUUGGACCCUGUUUCCUGACAGAAGAUAUAUUUGGA